AUGGCAAAUUUAGUAGCUAAGAUAGAAGAACUUUUAGUAUGUGAUUCAUUAGACGUUCUUUGCGGGGCGUCUGUAGUUUAUUUAACAAUAGAAAAAAAUGUUUUACUUCCAUAUAAUAAAGUACGAGAGUUAGUCGACCAGGCAGUCAAUUCAUCUUUGAUGAAAAUAGAUGAUCUUGAGCGAAAGACUAAGGUGUUAGAAAUUUUACCACAGGUCGGGGAAUGCCAGUCCGGAAGAGCGAUGUGUUCAGGAAUAUUUAUUCCUCUAUAUGUCGAGGAUUUCUGCUCCACCCUGGCUGUGCGUGGUCAAUUUAGCCAAACGAUAAAGCUCAUAGAGAUUAUGGAAAAUAGAUAUAGAAACAUCGUCGGUUUAAAAGCGAUAAAGGUGCUAAAUACCCCUCAAGAAGCAUCUCUAGAUUAUACGCGAGAAGAAAUAGAUCAAAAUAUUAGGGCGUUAAAAUCAAAACUUAGUUCUCCAUUAACAGAGCCGGAUGCAUCUCUUUAUGAUAGCAUCAAAAAAAAUUUAGAAAGUAUCGAAUCUGAUCUUACAUGGCAUGAUUCAGAGGCGAGCACAGUUCUUAGUGAUGAAUCUCCAUUAGUGCAAAACUUGAAAACAAGACAGAAGCGUCAUUUUUUAGAAUCGCGUGAGAGAAUGAAAUGUGAACUUCCUAAAGAAAUUAUUUCCAAGUGUGAGGAGUUUACAAAUAAUUUUCGCAGGACUGGUCCUGAUUUGGAAAAAAGAACGGAAUGGAUACUUAGUGUACUUGCAGAAAUUUGGAAUAACCCAGCAUUUACAACCAGUGAAUCUCGUAGUAAGCAAAGUGAAGGCACCUACAUCACAGAUGUAAUAGUACCACUACUUCGAACCACAUUAGGGAAUUUACCAAGCGGACAUAUUUGCCUAAACACGGCUGAAUAG